AUGAGUUUUCAUGACGAUUCGCAUAUUCUAUCUCAGCUGGGAAUUCUGGAUUCACACGAACGGAGUCCCAAACGAGAUACAGCACCAAUAGAUAAGAAAUUUGUGGAUGUAAAGCUAACGGCGUCUAUAUCAGAUGACGACGAUGAGGAUGAAGAUAUGCUUUUUGAUAGAAACAAUCUUCUCUCCUCCAACAAACGUCAAAAUGCAUCGCUGAUUCGAGGGAGAGCAGAUAAUCAAACUAUUCGAUUUAUUAUCCUGUUAAUACUAUUUCUAACCGCCGGCCUUGUUAGUACAUCCAGCAGUUUAUCAGUAUGUUCAGUUCGACACGAAGUCAUUGCAUGUCUUUGGACUUGUAUCGGAAUGUUCUGUGGAGCCUGGACGGCCAAGCUUACAUCGUCUCGUUCAAACCUGAUGCUCUUCCUGUUUUCCGUACUUCUCACACUACUCGUCAACCUUUUUCUUGCCUCCAGCUUCUCAUUUCUUUUUGCAAUUCGCGGAUUCUUCGUCGGAGCGACAUUAUAUGGCGGAGCACUUGUUUGGUUCGCAUUCUGGAGGAAACAGCCACGAAAAUUACUCAUAUUAUUGUUUAUUUUCUCUGCUGGAGGUCUUCUGGCAAUGACUGUGAAGACAACAACAUUUUCUGAUGCGACAAGCUCCCUCGCCGAUAUGAGUAUAGUAACUAGAUCUAUCCAAGAUACAGUAUCUCGUCUGAAACGGGCCGUGGAAGAUGAAAAAACACUACUUCCAUUUGCAGCAGUCGUUGAUAACUCAACACAUAAAACAGAGAAUGUUACCGAUGACUCUGCUAUAAAAAAACCCGAAGUAGCCACUGGAACCAUCCAAAAGUUGAAGACAAAAACUGAAAUGAAUGCUGAAAAGGAGAAGGAAGUUGAGUUGAAACAGAAGGACGUAGUUGAUGGAUCCACUGGAAAUUCGACGGAUUCCAUGGAAACGUCCACAACGUCUUCAAGUACAACGACGACAUCUACUACCACCACAACGACGACACCUUCAACUACAGCUAAUGAAGCUACAACUACCGCAGAAGCCGUGACGACGACUACAGAAUCCCCCUCAACGACUGAAACGAUAACUGUUGAUGUGAAGACAAGGGAUAGUAAAGAGGAUGCAAGAAGGAGAGAACCGCCAUCCAGCCUUGCCAUCGAAUCCCCACCAUAUCCAGCGAACUGUCCAUCCGAUAGUCUCUUCUUGACUGGAAAUGUUGCAUCCGCAGAGGAAACAACGUCUUCAUUUGUGAAAACAUUUGCAUCUUUUGGCGUUAUAAUUUACAUUGUUUCAUAUAUAUUGUGUUGUCUUCCAUGUGGAUUAAAACCAGAUGUAAAAGUCAAAAAGUUGGAAACUGAUUCAGUGGUUGGAUUAGGAAUGAGACUGAGAAUAUUAAUUGCUGCAACACAGACUAUUAUUGGAUUCGUGCAGCAAUUGAAACACUUCCACUCAUCUAAUCAACCGACUGCUUUUUCCGAACACAUCCUUGUCUGUGUAUUUGUUAUGGUGACAUCGUUGAUAAUCGUUUUUGCUGGUCGCCGAAUCGGAAGUAUUGAAGCUGUUAUUAUCUCAUUUCUGUUCACUGCAGUCGGAGAACUAAUCCUCCUUUUCGCAUCUACUUCGCAGUUUGGAAUGAUUCUAUCGAUUUGUGGAUUGUACUCCCUUUGGAUUUCAUUAUUCUUAGUUGUUGAGAUUUUCCUGUCAGUUCGUUCGACCGUUCAACUGGCCUAUUUCCUGAUAGCUUGGAUCGUUGGUCGUGCAUUUGCAUGUCUCUUUGCUCUCGAACCAGUUUUCAAUGGACUUGAUCAUAUUUUCACGUUCAUUCUAACUGUGUCAAUUGGAAUUUUGUUAUUCUAUGCGACACGAAUGCUUCAAAAAUCAAAACGGCUUAAAGAGAUUUUGGAUAAUUCUAGUGGUCCAUUGACAACGGGAAUCAGUAAUUCUGCGGGUGGAGAAUACAUUUCCUUAACAGCUCAAGAUGUUCUUGAUGAUGAUGAUCUGAUUGAUGAGGAUGAGAUGGAUCGUAGCUCAAUGGAUCUGGAUUUCGAGCUAGAGCAGCUGGGACUCGAACCAGUCGGAGCAUCUUCAUCAUCUCGUGCAUAA